AUGCCAGAACAAGAGGAACUUAUGAAACUGUUGCAGAUGCAAAGCAAAUUACUGGAGCAAUUGACUCAAAGAUCAAAGCAGCCAGUAGAAAAUUCAAAGGAACAGUUGAUGGAGUCAUUGGCAAAAAGCAUAGCAGAAUUUUGCUAUGAUGCCACAAACGCACUCACAUUCGACACGUGGUAUGCACGUCACGAAGACGUUUUCUUGGUCGAUGGCAAAGAUUUGGACGAAGCAUCACGUGUUCGCCUCUUAAUGAGGAAGCUAAAUCCAAUUGCGUAUAACAAUAAGAAUCAACAGGAAGACCUGGUAUCGUAUGCAGCCAGGGUCAAUGCUCAAUGUGAAAAAUUUAGACUGUCGGAACUUUCGGCAGAUCAAUUCAAAUGCCUCAUCUAUGUAUUUGGGUUGCAAGCACACACAGAAGCCGACAUUCGUAUAAAAAUAUUGGCAAAACUAGAAGAAGAUUCACAGCAAACAUUAAACUCUCUGGUGAGCCAUGCGAAAAAAUUCAUCAAUCUAAAGAAAGAUACAGCAAUGGUGGAAGAGACAAAAGCCGUAAUAACCAACGUAAUACAUGCAAAUACACGCCAAAGCAAGAACGAUGCAACUAAAAAUAGCAAAACAAAUAAAGCGAAGAUUCCAAAAACACCCUGUUGGAAUUGCGGAGACAUGCACUAUGCAAAAUAUUGUACAUAUCGCAAUAAAAAGUGUAACAAGUGCAACAAAUACGGUCAUAAGGAGGGGUACUGUAAUUCACACAGCGCCAGCAAAAGCAAAAGUACAAAACCUCAGCGACACAAGCAACAACAAACGAGCAACAAAGGUCACAACAGUUGCUUACAAGUAAAUUCAAUAACGUAUGUUAAUCGACGCAAAUACACAACAGUAAGCAUAAAGCCGAUAGAAACCGCAACUUCAUCGUUUCCGUCGUGUGAUGUCAGAAUGCAGGUGGACACCGCCUCGGACGUCUCGCUAAUCGGAAAGUCCACAUGGAUACAAAUGGGUCAACCGGGAAUACGGUUGGAGAACAAAUACGUUACCAGCGCAUCAAAAGAUAAGAUUCAACUACUAGCCGAAUUUUCUUAUCAACAAUCUACUAUUUUGAAGCAUAUACAGCAAGACUAUGCGGACAUAUUCAAGCCAAAUCUGGAAAAUUGUAGCACAGUUACAUCAGCAUUGCAUCUAAAGCCGGAUGCUAAACAAAUUUUUCGCGCAAAAAGGCCAGUAGCAUAUUCCAUGCUACCGUACAUUGAAGAAGAACUAAAUAGAUUACAUCAAUUAGGGGUUAUCACCCCUGUAGAAUUUUCUGAAUGGGCAGCGCCUAUCGUCGCAGUGAAGAAACCGUCUGGCAAGGUUCGGAUCUGUGGCGAUUAUUCAUCAGGGCUAAACGCAUGGUUAGGGCCGCAUCAAUAUCCGCUGCACACGCCAGAAGAAAUUUACGCAAAGGUCGCGGGAAGUCAUUGUUUUACCGUAAUAGACCUAUCAGACGCGUAUCUACAGAUACCCGUCACAGCAGAGUCAGCCAAGCUGCUCACCAUUAACACGCAUAUGGGUCUGUUUACGUUCAAUCGACUCGCACCAGGUAUCAAAAGCGCUCCAGGAGCGUUCCAACAAAUCAUGGACACCAUAUUGGCAGGCAUAGAUGACACCGUCGCUUACAUAGAUGACAUCAUUAUAGGCGGUGCAACCUUUGAGAAACAUGUCGAAAACCUUCAUAAAGUGGCGCAACAGCUACAGAAGUAUAAAUUUCGCGCCCAGUUCGACAAAUGCAAAUUUUUUGCUGCACAGGUAAAAUAUUUGGGAAACAUUUUAAGCAAAACAGAUUUAAUGCUUACGCAUUAUAACCCCAAUUUACCAUUGAAAGUGGCAACAGACGCUUCCAAUAGAGGAAUCGGUGCGUUUAUUUGUCACGUUUUUCCGGACGGAUCAGAGAAGGUUAUACAACACGCCUCAAAAGCUUUAACGGAUGCAGAGCAAAAGUACUCGCAAAUUGAAAAGGAAGCUUUAGCAUUAGUUUUUGCGCUAAAGAAGUUCCACAGAUUUAUUUUUGGACGUAAGUUCACAUUGUGCACGGAUCAUAAGCCGCUAAUCGCAAUAUUUGGUAAAAAUAAGGGCAUCCCAACGUACGCAGCAAAUAGGCUUCAGCGAUGGGCACUAAUAUUGAUGAUGUACGACUUCAAUAUCCAAUACAUUAAAACAACAGAAUUUGGAUGUGUAGACAUGCUUUCGCGCCUUAUAGCCAAUCACACAAAGCAAGACGAAGACAUGGUGAUAGCUUGUACGCAAAUGGAAGAAGAAAUGAACACGAUUAUUGAAGACCAAUGUGAAAAGCUUCCGGUGAGUUUUGAAAUGAUAAGAAAAGCUACAAAGCAAUGUUCAACGGCCCAAGCUGUCAUAAACGCAUUAUCAAAUGGAUGGAAGCAAGAAAUAACAACAGAAUUACAGCCACUUUAUGCACGGAAAGAUGCACUCAGCGUGAUUCAAGAGUGCCUAAUGUUUCAUGAACGCAUAGUGAUUCCGAAGAAAUUACAACUACGAAUUUUACGUCAACUACACAGAGGACAUCUAGGUAGAGAACGGAUGAAAUUGUUAGCAAGGAGUUACGUGUAUUGGCCUGGUGUGGACGAAGAUAUAGUCUCGUAUUCACGAAAUUGUCAACAUUGUGCAUCAACAGCAAAAAUGCCUGUAAAACAUACAGUACGAUCAUGGCCGUUAGCAACAAAACCAAUGGAACGGUUACACAUUGAUAUAGCAGGACCAUGCAAUAGUUUUUAUUACUUCGUAAUCGUAGAUACAUUCUCAAAAUGGCCUGAAAUUUUUCAAAUAGAGAAUAUCACAACGCAAACAAUCAUUAGCAAGCUAAAUGAAACGCUUUCACGUUACGGAGAUUGUGACACACUUGUCUCCGAUAACGGCACACAAUUUACGAGCGGAGCGUUCGAACAAUUCGUAACAUCGCAGGGUAUUCAACACAUAAGGACAUCGCCUUAUCAUCCCCAGUCCAAUGGACAAGCGGAACGGUUCGUAGAUACACUGAAAAGGGCAUUAAAAAAAUUAAAAAUGGAAGGAACGGAUUCAGAAAACUUGCAAACAUUUUUGCAAACGUAUAGAUUCACACCAAAUCCGAGUGUGGUAGAACGUAAAUCUCCGGCAGAAGCCUUCCUUAACCGAAAAAUCAAAACAACGUUAGACUUAACUAAGCCACAAACAACGGAAAUCAAACAACGAAAUUUAAAACAAGAAAACCAGUUUAAUGUCAAACACGGAGCAAAAUCUAGAGAAUUUUCGAAUGGAGACCUUGUAAACGUUAAAUGGCAUCAAGGCAAUGAUACGUUUUGGGUUCCUGGCGUUAUCAUAGAACGGAUUGGUUCUGUGAACUACAAUGUCAGAAUUGAAGUAAAGGGCAACUUAAAACUGAUUAGAUCACAUGCAAAUAAAAUGGUAAAACGGUAUGGAAACCAUACUGGCAAUCGCAAUGUGACUAAAUAUUUAUGCGACGUUUUUGAUCUCACAGAACUACCACGGUUCAAUGAAGAAAAUCAACCCGUACUACAGCCAGAAACUGUUGAAGUGGCUCCCCUAGUGGAAACCACCUCAUCUGGUUCUAAUGCACAUGCAGGAACGAAUAGAGGAACAUCAACGAGUCGCAGGAUUCGUAGACCACCAGCAUAUUUGAAUGAGUAUGAUACUUCCUAA